UAAUGUGGCUUUCAGAUUAAUGUGGAAGUUGGCUUUAGAUAAAUGGCUGUUACUUAUCAACUGCAUGCUUUCUAAACCAAAAAAUGAACUACUAAUGUUUUGCCAUUUCUUUUAAAAAAAGGCAGAGACUUAAUUUAUAAAGAGAGGUCUUUAUUACUUUUCAGAUUUUUCUAUCAGAAUAAGAUCUACUCAGCAGCAGGAGUUAUGUUAUACAGUCAUCUUUAACUGCUGCAGAGAAUAUUCAGGUGGUUUUUAUGCAACUUUUCUUAGCAUUAGUUGUCUUCUAAAGCCAAGCAUAACGGUGUUGUUCUUUACGGCAUACUGUUAAUCUGAAUUUUGUUGCUGUUCUUGCAAUUUUUAAGUUUAUCACUCCAACUGGAGUCGGUGCAUUCAGCCAGUGGCGAUGUCAACAUUGAUUGGGUUUUAUGGCUGGUGCGAUGUCGGUCAAACUUUGAUCAUUUCCUGAACUGUAUUGAUCUAAAAGUCUGUAGUUCUUUUUUUUUUUCCUGCCAUUGGAUGAAAAAAAAAAAAAGCUCUAAUGUAGAGUCUUUGGUGCAACAGCUAGCAGAUAAUUGCUUGCCAAAGCAGUUAUCUCUUUGAAGAUUUCUGCUGUUGUUGGGACUUCUUGGCAUAAAUCCUCCGCAGGCAUUUCUCCUAAUGUCUGUUGCCAUCGCAACGAGCUGCAGCUGCAGACAGAACAUGAUGUAAAAAUCUUUUCUUUUUGUCCUUGUCUUUUUAAAACUGGUGCUUUUCCAUUUGGUAUUUGUAUGCAUUUUAUAGAUAACUAGUCAUAGUUGCAUCUUGUUUCUUUUUAACUGGAUUUUACUUUUAUUCUCUAGUCUGUGAUUCAGGGUUGUUUCAGGUCAUCUAUACCCUCUUACCCUUUCUGUAGGGUUGUCCAGUUUAUCAGUCAAGCUUGAUGUGCUGCUAUCAGGCACUACUGGAUAAAUGAAUUAUCAUUCUGAUUUCUCUUGUACAUAUCAGUGAGUACAGCUGCUUGGCCUCAAGGCUGUGCUUCAUGGUAUGUUGGUGACUCAGGAUUUCUGUCCAUUUUGAGGGUCGUCAUCUUUGUCACCUGACCUACACUGUGUUCAGUGCACUGACAAAAUAUACCAGGUCUGCUACGCCUUUGUUAAAGAAUAUUUGUAGUUUCCUCUGUACCACUUGCUUAUCCAUGCAUACUGGAUCUGUUGCCUUUUUAAAGUGCUAAUCUUUUUUCUGGAGUUCUAGAUGUUCUGGAUAAUAUUUGUCUGGGUAUGUUUUUCCAGCCAUAAUUCUUUACAGCUUUCUGGAGCUCGUCCCAGCCUUUCCAACUGGCAGUGCUUUAGUAUGACUGGAUCCUCCAUGGUGCUUUUUGGCCAACACCAGAUGGAUGGCUAGCUAGAGUUGCUAGACAAUCCCUCUGAGGUGCUAGACUUGUGUAGGCGACUGUUCCUCUGCCAUGAAUCCAGCGCCCACUACAAUCUUGAGUGGUGUUACUUCAGGCCUAGUAGAUAAUUUAAAUGUUACUGUGGAAGGAAGGCAUAAAAUAAGCCGCUUGCUUGCAAUUACUGAAACUUUGGUGCCAAAUUAAAAACUUUGGUGCAAGUUGUUUGGAUAAGUAGGCCAGCUUAAAUAGGCAUGGAUGAAUAGUGCCUCAUGAGGUGGGACUGUUGGUGUAGCAUUGCCUCCUUCUGAGGUCGAACUGUUUUCAGACUGAAUUAUUGGAGGGGUUUGGAGUUCAAGGAGACUGUUAAUGCAAACAGACUGUUUGUCUUUUCUAGGUUGGACUAUGCAGAACAUGAGAAGUUUAAGGGUGUUUGUGCACUGGAAGCUUUGCCUUAGAUAAGGAAUGAAUAUAAAUCUGGGUUUGCGCAUAUUAAAAAUGUCUGCAUCAACACUCUUCUCUCAGGUAAUCUGGGCUUGCUGUUUGAACUAGGAAGAGCUAAAGCAAGUUGGUGCAAAGUGCAUUGGGUUCAUGUUAAACAUCAGUGAGCCUCCAUUCAGGGAACCCUAAGUGAGGAAGUCUAAACCAGACCUGUCAGGUCUCAUCAUCGUCACCACAAGCCCGCCGGUAGUCACCAUCAUCCUGUGACCUACAUUCUGCAGCGUUACAUCACCGCCGUGCUACUGCAGUGUGUGUUAGUGUACCAGACACUGGCAGCAUCUCAGACUCAACGUACCACUAUCAAAUGGUGCUUUAGAAAACAAAAAAAUGCAUCCUUACCUAGAUGUCCAGUUUUAGGGAACAAACUUGAACCAAGGCCGGCUCUGUUGUUUUAGCCAUAUCAGUAACCUAAUUCAGGAAUGGGCUCAACUCUGCCAGCCCAGUCUUAAUUACAAACUUUUCAUCUGUCAGUUUUUCUAAAACCACCAUGUCUAGCCUCUAGCUAUCCACAAUCCUUGUGUAGAAAGGCAAAAAAAAACAAACAAAAAAAAACGCACGGUUCAACUUUAAUAUAUUCAAAUAACAAACUGUUAAACUAGGCAGCCUGGAGAACGGGCGAGCAAUCGCGGGAGGGGGCGAGGGGGAGCGAGAGAUCAUCUGGAAGAGGCGAGAGGACGUAGUGGCACGCGAGAAGGCAGAGGCAUUGGAGAGACAGAGGUUGGCAGAGUACAUUGUGUGGAGGAAGAGAGAGGACUUCCAAGAUAAAAAAGGAGAUCGAGAGAAGGGAGGAAAGGGCUCUGAGAAAGGGAAGGAGGCUUCACCAGAAGUGAUCUGGAAGAGGAGAGAAGAAGAAGAAGAAGAAGGGGAAGCAGGGAGGGAUAGAGCAAAGGCCAUUCAGAGAGGACAUGAAAGCAUUUGGAGGAAGAGGGAGAGGGAGUGAAAAAGGCAGCCAGUGACAGAUUCGCAUUGCUUUUGAAACAGGUGUUCAAAAGACUGUACAAAGAAUUUGGCAGUAGUCGUACAUCAGUAAGCCUCCUCUCUCUUUUCUUUAGCAGCUCUGCAGGUGUUUGCUGUGUUAUCGACCAGUUGAAGUUGUAUAUUAUGCAUGUGUUGGUGCUGUUUAGUUGGUGUGCACAGCGUCUUUUAGAAACCCCAUGUUGGUCGCUAAUAGGAUUUUUAUAGUCCUACAUCAAGCAAGGUAGAUUCGGCAACGGGAACUGCUUCACACGUGCACGCCAACACACACACACGAAGAUAUGUACUGCCCCACACAUGUAGACAGAUCAUUAAUAAGUGUGCACCCCUAAGACAAACAGGAAGGUGCAAGGGGGGGGCUUAGAGAGACAAUCACUUGUGUUGAUUCUUCAUGGUGCUGGUGACGGCUGAACAACACUUACUCUUUGCCGAUUACGUCGGGAUGAGGAACUCGCGGAUGUCGUUUUACAUUGGGUGCAAACACCAAGAGGAACCCUCUGUGGAGAGCUAAAAGCUCGUCUUCAUCUAUUCAGGGGAACUGAACAAACAAAAACUUUACUAAAGAACUGAGGACAACAUGAGCUGUACUUGUGCACUAAUAAACUAUUUUCAUCUGUAUUCCAUCUUUAUGGUGGAGGCCCAGCUUCUCCGACGCUCCGUCUCCCAUCUUGCACUCAUUGUGGAUAAAGCCAAUUUUAUCGCAGUUUGUUUUCGGCUGCUUGGUAACGAGUGGAAAACAGACAACCAGACAGAUGGAUGUAGAGCUCUUGCAGUGAGCAAGAAGGACAGAUGGUUGUAUGUCCUUUCAGAGGGAAACUUUGAAUUGUGAGACAAAAAGACUUUAAAUCACUGCAGCCAGUGUGGACUUAAAAUCUUGCCCUGCAUAAUUAUGGAGCUUGUGCAGAAAGCCAAGUACACCCACAUUCGGAGUGAGUCGUUGAGCUCAACCGAUGAAACAAACUCCAACCCAUCAUCGUUUCCGCCUUCCAGCCCAGUCACCCCACUUACCCCCUCCCCUGGUUUACCGUCUUCUCUCUCCUCCUCGUCGCUCACUCCCAUCUUGCCCCCCACAUCUCCCAGACAGGCUGAAAACAGCCCUACCACUCUCUGCUCCUUCUUCCCCAGUAUGAGAUCCCUUCGUCUGGGUGUCUCCGCUACCCUUCUCCCAGGACCCAGGGCUGCUAGCAGGUCACAGCCGGCUCAGGCACCUGUUGAGUCCUCUGGAGAUGACAGAAGCAAUUCCAGCUCCUCUCCUCCACUUCAUCAACACGUUGCCCUCCUAACUGCUCCCUGUCCCCCUCCCCGACCUCCUCUGCAGGACAUGAACCGGCUUGCAGGGGCCUCCAGAAGGGCACGGGUGGAAGGAGGUCAGCUGGGAGGAGAUGAAUGGACACGCCAUGGCUCCUUUGUCAACAAGCCCAUCCGUGGCUGGCUGCAUUCAGACAAUGUGGUCAGCACCAGUGGCGUUUGCUAUACAGUACGGUACAUGGGUUGUGUGGAGGUGCUACAGUCAAUGAGAGCUCUUGACUUCAGCACCAGAACUCAGGUCACCAGAGAGGCUAUAGCUGUGGUUUGUGAGGCGGUACCUGGAGCCAAAGGAUCCCGCAGGAGAAAGCCUUCUUCUCGCUCUCUGACGUCCAUACUGGGGAAAAGUAACUUGCAGUUCGCAGGCAUGACAAUCAGCCUCACUAUCUCGACCAGCAGCCUCAAUCUACUGGCCUCUGACUGCAAGCAGAUUAUCGCCAACCAUCACAUGCAGUCCAUCUCCUUUGCUUCUGGAGGAGACCCAGAUACAGCUGAGUACGUAGCGUAUGUGGCCAAAGAUCCAGUCAACCAGAGAGCAUGUCACAUCCUGGAGUGCUCCGAGGGUUUGGCACAGGAAGUCAUCAGCACCAUCGGCCAGGCCUUUGAGCUGCGUUUCAAGCAGUACCUGAAGAACCCCCCCAAACUGGUCACACCCCAUGACAGAAUGGCUCCGUUUGAUGGCUCUGCAUGGGAGGAAGAAGAUGACGAGGCUGUCCCUCCUCCUCCUCCUCCUUCUGCUGAGGUUCCUUACUAUAAUAACUUUCCUGAUAAGCAGCCUCCCCCUGGUGGACUGAUUGACAUGAGGACCCGUCCAGGAGCAACACUGCCCUACGGGCAGCCAGGUCAGAGCGACAUUCACAAACAGCCUGUGCCUCCUCUACCAGUGGGUGCCAAAGAAGGAGGUCGGGAGCUGUUUGACGACCCAUCAUACGUGAACGUGGAAAAACCCAGACCUCCUGUAGCAGCUAAUGGAAAUGCACACAGAGACGUUUUUGACAUGAAACCGCUCGAUGACGCCUUGGGAGUGUCUGGACACGCUGGCCCAACGUCAGUGGUGGUUCCGCCGUCGCUGGUGCAACAGCUGCAGAACGAAAUCUGGUUCCACGGUAGCCUGAGUCGAAAAGAGGCGGAGAGACUGUUGACCCGAGACGGAGACUUCCUUGUGCGGGAAUCUGGAACCACUCCCGGGCAGUACGUCCUUACGGGCCAGCAGGGGGGUCAGCCCAAGCACCUGCUUCUUGUCGACCCAGAGGGAGUGGUACGCACAAAAGACCACCGGUUUGGAAGCGUCAGCCACCUAAUCAGCUACCACAUGGACAACAGGCUGCCCAUUGUGUCAGCCGGGAGCGAAGUGUUUCUGCAGCAGCCAGUGGAGCGCAGGGCCUGAAGCCACACGCGCCAAUGAAAUACUCCACCAAAAAUAGACUCUCACUCCAUCUCCAAAUCCACACAACACACUCCCAAAAUCAUAUGCUUUAGUACACACGACACUACACACUCCCAUGAAACGACACGAGUACAAGCCAAAAUAAUUAAAAUAUAUCACCUGUUUCUCAGCAAAAA